GGCAAGGGCCGCCAUUUUGACUGAGCAACCCUAGUGACAGGAGCUGAAGAAGCAGCGCAGGUUGUCCCGCGUCCCCUCCCCCUUCCCUUCUCCGGUUACUUCCCGGGCCCCCUACAGUCCGCAGUCCCGGUCCCGCCAUGUCCCAGAAACAGGAAGAGGAGAACCCUGCGGAGGAGACCGGCGAGGAGAAGCAGGACACACAGGAGAAAGAAGGUAUUCUCCCUGAGAGAGCCGAGGAGGCAAAGCUAAAGGCCAAAUAUCCAAGCCUAGGACAAAAGCCUGGAGGCUCCGACUUCCUCAUGAAGAGACUUCAGAAAGGGCAAAAGUACUUUGACUCAGGAGACUACAACAUGGCCAAAGCCAAGAUGAAGAAUAAGCAGCUGCCAAGUGCAGGCCCAGACAAGAACUUGGUGACUGGUGACCACAUCCCCACCCCCCAGGACCUGCCCCAGAGAAAGUCCUCGCUCGUCACCAGCAAGCUUGCGGGUGGCCAAGUUGAAUGAUGCUGCCCGGGGCUCCGCCAGAUCCUGAGACGCUGCCCCCCUGGGUCCUGUGCUGGCUCCUGCCCCUCCCUGCUUUUGCAGCCAGGGGUCAGGAGGUGGCUCGGGCGCGGGCUGGAGAGGCAGAAGCCCCUGCCCGUCGGUGUCCCAGCGCAUGGAGCCCCUUGGGCUGAGCACCAAGACCUUGAACCGUUUUUGUUUCUCCUUUUUUUUCCCAAAUAAUUGUUGGGAGAAAUCUCAGUGACAUCCUGGGGGUGGGAGUCGGGGUGGGGAUGGGGGCUUUGAGGGGGUGGAGUGGGAGAUUUGGGGGAAUAUGAAUUAGGGCUUGUAGUUGAUAAAAACAUUCCUGACUGUCCUCCUUCUGAACCAUGUGGCUGGUAUGGGGUGGAUGUGAGGGGGAGGACAUGGAGUAGACUAAAGGUGAGGGGUCAAAUUCAGCUCUGUAGAAGAAUGCCUUGUUUGCUUGGAUGUGGCUGGGGACCUGGUGUCAGAUAAAAGAAACUGUCCAUCUAAAUAUGAAAGACGCAAAUGGCUCCUUUGGCUCUGCAGAACAAGCUGAGGACUCAGUGUCAAUUGUUGAUUAAAAAGAAAAAGUGCUGUCCUUGACAUAGAUUGCUGUGGGAAGGACAGUGAGUGUGGGGAAAGGGGCCAUGAGCAUGGGGAGCCCCACAGAGCCCAGGGGGCUUUUUCAAUAUUCGAAAUAAAAAAACAACCAAAAAAAGAAGACCCACCAAAAAAAAAAAAACCCAAACUCAGAAAUACUCUGAA